AGGAGCGGCUGGAGAUGAGAGGAGCAGGAGUUUUGGAGGAGAACCCUGGAGGAGCCAUGAGGAGGCUGCCCAGGCUGAAGAUCUGGAACAACCACAAACAGAAGAACCAGCCAGAAGAGGCUCUGCUGGAAGGUGCGCUUCAGAAGGAGCAGCAGGAGGAACCACAGCAAGAGGAGCAGCUGGAGGAAAUCAGCAGGAGGUUGAUCCUCAGGGAGGAGGAGCUCUUCAGCCGGGACGUCCACAGUGAGGUAGAAAAAGACCAGCUGCAGCGAGACUUUGAGGAGCUGAGGAUCCAGAUCUGGAUCACCAUCCACAGCACCUUCACCUCCUUGACUUCAAGAGACCUGGAGGUCCUGAGGAGCGCCAUAUUAUCCAUCCAGCAGCAGGAGGAGCAGGACCUGCGCUGGAAGGACUGCCCCAAGGACCAGGUCCCGGUGUGGCGUCCUCAGGGGUGGCUCCGCACUCACAACCAGCUGCUGCAGAAGAUGGUGGAGUCCAGACUCAGUCAGGCUGCCGAGGAGAACUCAACUGAGACCGAUCCUCUGUCCUCAGCUGUGAAGAAGCAGGUGUGUCGCAUGGGGAAGCGAGCGAAAGACGACCUGCUUACGGUGGUGAAGAUGGUGAAGGACUGCUACCCUGCCAAGGUGGACAUCCUGAACAUCUACGCCGGCCUCUACCAUCAGACCUUCUCUGUUCGGCUGGCUGGGCUGACCUCCUCUGAGCUGGAGAUAAAGGACUGCAGCUACGUGCUGUUCUGGGUCAACCACUACUAUCCACGCGAGAUCCUAAAUCACAAAGAACUGGACGGCCUGAUAAAGACGGCCUGCCUGGGUUCCCUGCUGCUGCAGGACGACUUGAACCGGCUGGAGGAGCAGUACCUGACCCACCGAGAGGAACAGGUCAAACUGUGGCUGAGCACGGCCCUGAAGAAGGAGCAGGAAGGCUGGCUGAGCGGGAACACCCCUGAAGUUAUGGACAGCUAUUACUUCAGCCCGCUCGCCAUCGACGUCAUACAGGUGAUAAACAGCUCCCUGACGGAGUUCAACCACACCAUCCACGACCAGAACAAAGCUCAGAGGCUCACGGUUCAACUGGAGAACUUCCUGUGCAGCUACAAGAAGUGUUUGGAGGAGCUUGUGAAGGGAAACCACAGCAACGUGCGCUCCGUGGUAAAAGCUCAGCUGGCGUGUGAGCAGCAGCUCAGCGAUUAUAUAACUCGACAAACAGGAAGUCUGUCCGAAGAGCAGCAGCGUCGCUGUCUGGACUCUCUCUCUGCCAUGAGGGAUUGUGGGUACAGGUGUUUUACCUGUCCUCUUCAUGACCAGACCAAGGCACGUCUGAGUCCGCUGUGGACGUCCGUCUGGGUGGACGGCUCACUUCCUGUUGUCGACUCGCUGCUGGACUUUCUGAACCAACAGCUAGUCGACCUGUCUGACCUGAAACCAGCCUGCAGACAGUCCCUGCUCUGCGUGCUCUAUCAGAACGUGGUCCUUCAGUAUGUGAAGAAGAUGAUGAAGACGAGGAGUAAGAGCAGGGAGCAGCAGGUGGCCGGAGCUCAGCGGAUGAUCGAAGACGCACAGAAAAUGGACAAGUUCUUCACAGAGGAGGGUUGCAGUGAGACAUCGUGGCUCCAUGUGAUGCUCUGUGGCCUCGCUGAGAUUAUCCGUCUGCAGGAUCCCGCCAGCAUCCAGCUGGAGUUCGUAAAUCUGGCUCGGACUUUUCCUGACCUCAGUGGCCCUCAUGUGUCGGCAUUGCUGUCCAUAAAAAACGGAUUAUCGUCUGCUGACGUUCGCUCGAUUAGACUCAGCGUGGAGGAGAACCGUCUGCUGGAUGUCUCCACCAAUCAGAGCCCUCAGUUCUUUUCCAGGGUCAAAGUAAAAUGGAUCAAUAACAAAAUAAAUCAAAUGGGACUCAAGAGUUAAAAUGUUAGCAUGUUGGCAAAGUUGGAUGUUAGCCGCAUGUAGCUGGUACAAACCGGAUUCCAAAAAAGUUGGGACACUAAACAUAUUGUGAAUAAAAA